AGUGGGUAAGAGAUGCAAAGAGAGUGACUGGAGGAAAAUGAGUGAACCUGAUCAAGCACAAUUAAAGUUCUUAAACUUUUCUUUGUGAUAUUGGUAAAGGUGUUGAAACAUUUUAAUGUCCAUGUUAAAUUCAUGAAGAGUUGGCUGGCUGGAGAGGGGGGAUCAUAGUUGAAGGAAGUGGAAGUGCAACAGCAGGAUUGCUCCCAAACUCCACCCUCGCCACUGGGUAAAGAAGCGGUGGAGUGCUCCAUUUUGGGGGGGGAAGCAGCAGUGGCAGUGGACUGCUCUACCAGGGUGGGGGGGAAGUGGUGGUGGUGGGGGAAUGUUGCUGUGAACUGAUUGUCAAAUGAUUUGAUUCCCAGUACUGGUUAUAACUGCCAAUAUGUGACACCCGCCAGCAUGAGAUUUAUUGUGCUUUUCAACCUCCAGUAGGCCAACCAUGGAUAAAUCAUGCAAGAAAAGAAAAAAUUCAGAAGAAAACAGAGUGUUUAAUGAUACAUGGGCACAUUCAUUUGCUUUCACAACUGACAAGACUGGUUUACCAGUAUGUUUAAUAUGUAAUGAGAAAUUGGCAAACAACAAAAAGUCGAAUGUUGCAAGACAUUUCCAGAAUAAACACACAGCCUUUGCUGAAAAAUACCCGGAUGGAGAUGAGAGAAAAAAAGCCAUUUCGGAAUUGAUGCGGAAGGUUGAUCUGAGCAAGAAUCAUUUUCAGAAGUGGGUGAAGUCUGCAAAUUCGACUACAUAUGCUAGUUUUGUGGCCGCUCAGGAAAUAGUCAGACAUGGGAAGCCAUUCAGAGAUGGAGAGUAUAUCAAGGAAUCAUUCAUUAAGAUUUCAGAACUUCUAUUCUCGGACUUCAAAAACAAGAGUGAAAUUGUGCAGAAAAUCAGAGAUAUGCCUCUCUCUGCGAAGACUGUCAAAGAUCGAACCAUAAAAAUGGCGGAAAACAUCACCGGACAGCAAAUUAAAGACAUCAAUUCAGCUGAGGCGUUCUCAAUUGCCUGUGAUGCAUCCAAAGACAAAAAUGAUAUUGAACAAAUAGCGCUGUUCUGCCGAUAUGUGAACUCUGCUGGGCCACAGGAAGAAAUGAUUGAGUUGAUACCACUAAAAGGCCAAGCACGGGGAGAGGACAUCUGUGAGGCUGUCUUGGAUUAUUUAAGAACCAAUGAAAUAAACACCACCCACCUGAUGGGGCACCGAGUAUGACAGGAGCACACAAGGGCUUUGUGGCUUUACUGCAGAAGUCGCUGGGUAGAAAGCUGCUAACAUUUCACUGCAUCCUUCACCAAGAGGCGUUGUGCGCUCAAACAUUUCCUCCGGAAUGCACAGAAGUGAUGAAUGUUGUCAUUCAGGUUGUCAAUAAAAUAAUGGCACAAGGUUUAAAUCACUGUCAGUUCCGUUUGCUACUAGAGGAGGUGGAAAGCACAUAUUCUGAUCUCCUGCUGCACAACAAAGUCCGGUGGCUGUCCAGAGGGGAGGUGCUAAAACGCUUUGCUGCAUGUCUGGAAGAGGUGAAAACUUUCUUGGGCAGCAAAGGGCUCACCUUUCCUGAGCUGAAACAACCAGAGUGGCUGGAAAAGCUACACUUCAUGGUUGAUAUGACAGCACACCUGAACACACUGAACACAAUUCUUCAGGGUAAAGGCGGCACAGCCCUGCACAUGCUGGAGGAAGUUUUGGCAUUUGAGCGCAAGUUGACAGUGUUUGGCAGAGAUUUACAGAGAGGUACACUGUCUCACUUCCCCUCUUUGCGACAGUUCAAAGAAGGUGACAAUACGAUAAAUUCAGAGUAUUUGCAGUCUGCAAUCAUUGCAAUGCAGACAUCAUUUGGGAAGCGAUUCUGUGAGUUCCGAAAGGAAAAAACCACAUUAUCUUUCCCUGUCACUCCCCUGACCAGCGAUCCAUCUGCAUUUAAUAUGACUGCAUUUGCAGGGGUAAGUCAACCCGACCUGGAGAUAGAACUUGCAGACAUAGCCGACAAAGAUAUAUGGGUGUCCAAGUUCCAACGCUUGAGAGAUAAUCUUGAAGAUGUUGCCCGUCAGAAGGCCAAUCUUGCGCUGAAUCACAAAUGGAGUGACAUUGAAAACCUUCCCAAACAGGACAAACUUAUAUUCGACACAUGGAAUGCCAUCCCCAGCACUUACUCAAAUAUGAAAAAAUACGCAUUUGGAGUCCUGUCGAUCUUUGGAUCCACAUACGUAUGUGAACAGGUCUUUUCAAACAUGAAUUACAUUAAAAACAAAUAUCGUUCAUGCCUCACAGACAAUAGCCUGCAAUCUUGUCUAAAGCUGAAGGUGACGUCUUACAGCCCUGAUGUUCAGAUGCUGUGUGCUGAAGUUGAGAAGCAAAAAUCACAUUAACCAGCUGACUGCAUGCUCCAAUACAGACAAACAGAUGGACUGGCGGAUGGGCAGAUGGACAGACGAGUGGACGGACGGGCAGAUGGACUGACAGACGGGCAUAUGGACUGACGGAGAGGCAGACAGAUGGACAAGCGGACGGACGGACAGAUGGACAGACUGACGGACGGGCAGAUGGACUGAGGGAUGGGCAGAUGGACUGAUGGAGAGGCAGACAGACGGACAAGCAGACGGACUGGUGGGCGGACAGAAUGGAUGGAAUGACAGAAGCACAGCAUUCUGGGUUUGCUGCAGGUGGAUAAGUUAAGUUUGGCUUUUUAUUUCAUAAAUAUGAGGAGGACUCAAAUAGCUGUUAUUGUAUUUGAAAGUAACCUGCAACCCAGAGUCUUCUUUUUUGGAGUUCAAAAUGUUUUUUAUUGCAUGUUGAAAUAAAAAUUGAUUAUUAUUUUGCAAAUAUAUAUUUGACGUUCAGUGAAAUAAUUAUUUUUUAAUUCAUUGUCAGCUGACUGCAUGCUCCAGUACAGACAGAUGACUGGCGGAUGGGCAAAUGGACUGGUGGACGGGCAGACGGAUGGACAGACAGACAGAUGGACAGAUGGGCAGAUGGACGGGCAGACGGAUGGAUGGGCAGACAGACGGAUGAUCGGACGGAUGGGCAGAUGGACUGGCGGGCGGGAAGAUACGCGGACAGAUGAGCGGUCUGACAGAUGGGUGGAUGGACGGACGCAAUGACAAGCAGACAAUGUUUGGGUUUGCUGCAGGCGGAUAAGUUAAGUUUGGCUUGUUAUUUAAUAAAUAAAUAUGAGGAGGACUCAAAUAGACAUUUGGUAUUUUACUUGAAGGUAACCUUCAACCCAGCAUCUUUUUUUUUAGUUCGAAAUGUUUUUCUUGCAUGCAGUGCAGAAAUAAAAAAAUGUUUUCUUUGUA